AUGAGAAUACUCUUGAUCUUUUUCGUCCCAUCAGGCAUCUUAGAUCAACUUUUCCCUCGAAUAUCCAUUCUUUCAACUUUGAGAGUCAAUCUCACAAAUUCUCCACUCCUGACUCCAAAUCUUACUCUUUACAGCAUGGUCAACGGAUUUGAUUUCUCCAAGAUGUUCGGUCGAAAAGACCCAGAACUUGUUAGUAAAGAAGUUAAACAAUAUAAUGAAAGACGGUUCAAGCAAAUGGCUCUUUUCUACGGGUUCACAGUGGCCACGUUCAUCUGCUCCAAGAUUGCAUACAGAGGCGUUAUCAAAAGAAGAUACGUUCCAAAUUAUUACCAGCACAACCAUGUUGCUCCACCAUUUUCAUUCUACAGAGAUGCCCUUAGUGCAGUAUUCCAUUCGACCUCCUUAGCUAUUACUUCCUUAGGAAUGGCCUCUACAGGGGUUCUAUGGUAUUAUGACAUAUCAAGCGUUGCCGAGUUCAGUUUCAAACUUAAACAGGCUCUGGGUGGGCAUGAUAAGGAGCAAGAGCUGAAGAAGUUACCGGAGGAUGAAACGGUCCAAGAAAUACAGAACAGCAUCAACUCUUAUUUGGGAGAUCGGUAG